AUGGCUACAAUUGCCGAAGCACUCACCCGUUUGACUCUUUUGCCUCUGACUACACAAAAUGCCCAACAAGCCUCAACUUCUAGUAGUUUGCCCUCACAAUCUCAACCGAAUCCUAAGGGGAGCAUCAAUGCUAUCACCCUUAGGAGAGGCACCAAGUUGGAUGAAAUUGGUGUUGUGCCUACAAGUUCUAGUGAGGAAACCCGCAAGGAAGAGGAUGAGGAGGAACCACUCAAGACCAAGGAGCCAAAGAGGAAAAAUCCGAUUGAAGAGCCUAUGCCCAUUCCAUUCUCAACUUUGGCAAAGAAGGUCAAGAUGCAAGAACAACUUGACCCCAACAUGGUGGAAAUUUUUAAGAAUAUUGAAGUCACAGUCCCUCCAUUUCAGGCCAUUCAACAAGUGCCCAAAUAUGCCAGGUUCCUCAAAGAUGUUUGUACUCACAAGGAGAAAAUUGGCGAACUCAACAAAAGGGCGGUAGAUGAUUCUAUCUCUUCUUUAAUUCCGAAAAAAUGCAAUGAUCCUGGCCCAUGUUUGGUUACUUGCUUGAUUGGUGGGAUUAAGUUCACAAACUGUAUGUGCGAUUUGGGAGCGUGCGUAAGUAUUACGCCACUCCCCAUUUAUGAGAAAUUGAACUUGUCACCCUUAAAGAGGUCCGGGGUGAGAUUCGUGUUGGCCAAUAAGAGUAUUGUAUCAGUUGUGGGGAUUGCAGAAAAUGUUCUGGUUGACAUCCAAGGUUUACUCUUCCUGCUUAAUGCACAUUCUGGAGUCUAUUCUUUUGAGACCGAUGGCAAGGUAGCAAGAUUCACAUUGGAGAAAUCAAGGAAACCCAUCCUCGAAGCUUAUUCUAUCUUUGGGUGUGAUAUAAUCGAAGAUGAAGUGAUUGAGGUUGGCAAGGAACAACAAGAAGAGAAGAUUGCCAAGAAGUCUAAUUUAAGAUAUCACACUCAACCAAAGAAUGCCAAGGAGUUGGAGAUUUUCCUCCUUGGGGAAGUUUCAAGUGACCAAUGA